AACCAGGGCUGGCAGUAGGGAAAGCAGGGCAGGUGUGGCGGGAAGGGAGGCUUGCGCGUGGUUGCCCCUCUUCGUAAAGACCUAGAAAGACUCCGUUCCCAGCCCUCAGCCCCAACACUCCUGGGAACGUGAACGAUAACGGAGUACGCUGCGGCUCCUCCCCGUCUUCCUGUGCCACGACAACUCCGUGGUGCCCCCCUGCUGCCACCUCUUCCGUAGGCUAGGCACUGUCCUUUAGAUCCUGCAGAGUGAGGAUUUAAACCCCAAGGUGAUGGCAAAACAUCUGAAGUUCAUUGCCAGGACUGUGAUGGUACAGGAAGGAAAUGUGGAAGGUGCAUACAGGACCCUAAACAGAAUUCUCACCAUGGAUGGCCUCAUUGAGGACAUUAAGCGACGGCGGUACUAUGAAAAGCCUUGUCGCCGACGACAGAGGGAAAGCUAUGAAACCUGCCGGCGGAUCUACAACAUGGAAAUGGCUCGCAAGAUCAACUUCUUGAUGCGAAAGAAUCGGGCAGACCCAUGGCAGGGCUGCUGAGGCCUGUGGAUUGUAGGCCCAGUAUGAAAAUCCCUUUCCAGCUGUCUCCUUCCUAUCUCAAACCUCAUUUUUUCUCCCCUUUUUUAUAAUAAUAAACUCAAUCACAUAUAUGCAAGAAGGCCUGCAUAUAUAGAAGUAAUCCCGUAGUUACCAAUGGACCCUCUCUUUUAUUAAGUGAAGGAGAAACUGAGUCAAAAAGUAGUCUAGGAAUAGAAUGGUGAUUACCAAGGGCUAGUGGGGAGUGGGGAAUUACUGUUUAAUGGGUACAGAGUUUCAGAUGGGGAUGGUGAAAAAGUUCCAGAGACAGAUAGUGGUGAUACACAACAAUGUGAAUGUACUUAAUGCACUUAAAUGGUUAAAAUGGCAAAUUUUGUGUAUGUUUAGCUAUAAUAUUUAAGUAGUCUAGGAGAGGUGAGAAGCUUUUCUAAAAUAUAGCAGAAUAGAUCUAUGAUUUUUUUACCCGAUUCUUACGAAACCCAAAUCAAGACCUUAUUAUUGGAAAAGCACCUGUUACUCUUCACUGAACAGUCCCUCCCCACCAACUGUUAGAUAAAAGGAGAGGAAGCAUGUAUGUAUUUGGAAUAAAUUUUGCUACUGAAAUACCCAUC